AUGCAGCGUCGGGGGCUUGUCCGAGUUUGGGCGGCCCAGGGCCGCGUUGGGGCGUUGUGGGAUUCGCGCCGGGCGAAGUACAUCCGCCACCCGAGCCCGGAGUGGGAUCCCGUCCACGAGGACGUCAAUGCGCACGUGAAAAAGCGCAUCCCCGGCGAGACCCGCGUCGAUCGCGUCAAGCGCUUCGCGCGGGAGUGGCGUAACGUCGAGCUGGAGCUCGGCAUCCACACCGACUCGCGCGGACGCGACCUGAAGUACCGCAAAACAUUCGUCUACCGCUAUACCUACCCAAACGCCUUUGAUGAGUUCUGGUGGCCCUGCAAGUAA